CCGCCUCCGCGUGCUCUUUUCACCAGUCAACUCCGCAACCGCAUUUAGCAAACAAAACUUGCGCUCCCAUCUCCCCUCUCAUUCCCCCCGCUUCCCCCUUCCCCCUUCCCCCUUCCCCCCGUCUUUCUCUCAACUCCGACGAAACCAAAACUUCUCUCUUAACUUCUGUAAUUGCUUCUCCUUCUGUUAUUGAUCCUUGUUAAUUCUUCUUCUUCUUCUUCUUCUUCUUCUUCUUCUUCUAGGCCACUACGUUUUUUCUCUCUUCUUCACCGAUCAUCUGUUAAAAUUCGUCAAAAUCGGCACUUCUGAUCCAUGCGACGUUUCUGAUGGGCUGCUCGUCAUUUUGACUCACAAGGAGAGGAAUCGAAGGGCGAGCCGAGAAAUGGACUCAAAACGGCAGCAACAUCAGCAGAGCAAGGGCCGGGGCCCGAGGCUGGAGCGUCGGAAUGCUGCGAAGGACAUCGACUACGAAGCGCCCGCCUCGACAUUCUCCGCCGAUAUCGACUCGCCCGCUCUCGGGCUCCGCGCCACCCGCUCCCUGGAGCUCUACCCUUCCCCCUAUUCCUACUCAAACCAGACGAGCUUCCGCAUCGGCGGCAGCGUUGAGGGAGAGGUUGAUCUCCUCUGCCACAGUCUCGGCCUCUCCGGCCCCGACGACUUUGCCAUCCCCAUCACCGCCUGGGAGGCCAUCAAGGCCCGCUCUUCCUCGGACCUCCUCCCGAGAUCCCGCCUCUUCUUUUACUCCGAUGAUACUCGUGCUUCCGCUACGCAAGAACAACAUUCCACCCUUUCCCCGGCUUCUUCUUCUUCUUCUUCCGCUCCUGCCGAUUCCCUUCCUCCUCCUCCUCCUCCUCCUCCUCCUCCUCCACUUGGGGAAGACCCUCGAUCUGAUCAAAUUUCAGAUGAUAAUGAUUGGACACUUGCCCGCCGGGACCUGGAUGUGGAAGAGGUGGAUGGUUCUAACUCGCCAAGGAAACCUUCUAAGGAUGAAGCUAAGUGUACCGAAGAUGAAGCUGAAUCUAUAAUUAAGAGUCCGAUUCCAUAUCCGAGGACGAAGGCAGGGGGAGAUGGAGGGAUCAAAGGUGUUCGGCCACCUCCAGUUCUUGCUCCUUUACUUCCGAUUUCGACGCUUCCUCCUCCGCCUGCAAGGUGCCCACCAGUGCUCGCACCGCCACCGUUGAUGUCUCCACCUUUCCUUGAUGAUGUGAGCUCAACCUGGGAUAUUUUGAGAUCCUUUGCUCCCGAGGGUGAAGAAUGCAGCGGAUUGAGGAAAUCUUUCGAUAAGGAUGAGGAAGAGGAGGAGUGGGGAGGAGUUUUGGCAGGAGGAUUGGGAGAAGGAGAGGAGUUGAGAGAGCUGAGGCUAGAUGGGAGCUCUGAGGGCUUCACGGGGACAUCCUCGUUGUCUACCAUGAAUGAUGAUGAUGCAUCAAGUACUAGUACAGAAACAAUGUUCAUCAUCUCACCCAAUGGUAGAUUCAAGAGGAAGAUCAAGUCGUGGAUGCGAGGUGUGCUCCUUGGGAGUGGUUCCUUCGGAAUGGUUUAUGAAGGGAUCAGUGAUGAGGGUGUAUUUUUCGCUGUUAAAGAAGUAUCUUUGCUUGACCAAGGAAGCAAUGCUCAGCAGUGUAUUCUUCAACUUGAGCAGGAGAUCACACUCUUAAGCCAGUUUGAACAUGAAAACAUAGUCCAAUACUACGGAACCGACAAGGAGGAAGCAAAACUUUACAUUUUCCUGGAACUUGUGACCCAAGGUUCUCUUGCAUCCUUGUAUCAAAAGUAUCAUUUACAGGAUUCUCAAGUAUCCGCUUACACCAGGCAGAUUCUGAACGGAUUGGUAUAUUUACAUGACAGGAAUGUGGUUCACAGAGAUAUCAAAUGUGCCAACAUCCUGGUUCAUGCAAAUGGAUCUGUUAAGCUUGCAGAUUUUGGAUUGGCGAAGGAGAUAAAAAAGUUAGACAUGCUAAGAUCAUGCAAAGGAAGUGUUUAUUGGAUGGCACCCGAGGUUGUCAAUCCUAGAAGGACAUAUGGGCCUGCAGCAGAUAUAUGGAGCUUAGGUUGCACUGUUUUGGAGAUGCUGACACGUCAGCUUCCCUAUCCUAAUCUGGAGUGGACACAAGCUUUGUUCAAGAUUGGUCGGGGAGAACAACCUCCUAUACCAAACUUUCUAUCGACAGAUGCCCGUGAUUUCAUUAGCCAAUGUGUCAAAGUAAAUCCCGAUGAUCGACCCUCAACAUCCCAACUUUUGGAGCACCCGUUCGUGAAGAGAUCGAUGUGGUCUUCCUCGGCUUCCAAUUGCUCUACACGGCGGCGCUGACAGACAAAGUUAGCUCUGUGUGAUAGUUGUCGCCCAUUUACAAUUUGAUUUUGGUAAGUAUGCUGGCCGUAGCUUGGAUUGCCACUGACUUGGCAUAAUUGGGAGCUUCAGCAGUAGUCUCUAAGGUUCUUCCUUUAUUUCCGGUUUUAGGUAUGGCUUCUUUGAAUGUAGUUUUGUCUCAAAAUUCUUGUUUGUUCGAAGUCAAUCUUGUUUGUUCGAAGUCAAUUAUCCUGCAGUUGGGCUGCAACUUGUUGUCUAUUUAUAUGUAAUCAUUUUUUUUUAUUUAUCUUCAUUUUUUUUCCAUUAUCUUGUGAAUAGAAGAUGUAAGGGGCCUGUGAACAAUAAAAAAAAUAGCUGCCUUUUCAACUCCAUGUAUAAAUCAUGACGUGGUCGAGGAAGAUCACAGUAAAUUUGUCCAAAAAA